CUCUGUAGCUAUAAGUGACUGUGUAUGCUAUAAACUUUGAUUAGCUAAACCUUGGCAUGAACUAUAGCCUAUAUUCUAGCAGUUGCAAGAUGAAUCAGCAUUAAUUGUGAUUUUUGUGGGUGAGGUGUGUCAAGGUGGUGUCCAGAUCUAGUUGUGUAGAAUAUUCUAUUCCAGUACAGUAACCUACUGUAAGGCGCGCCAUUGUGGUAAAGUAUAAGCAUUAUCAUUGGUGGACAAGGUGUCCAGUUACUGGUGGUUUGUGUCCUCUACUCUGCUUCCAGUGUAUGGUUCCAGUACUGUAAGGCGCGCUGAUUUCGUCAUUGCGGUCAAAUAUGAGCAUUAUCAUUGGUGGACUGAGGUGUAUGGCGCGCUGACUUGCCACAUACCGGAGACCUGCAUGGUAAAUCUAAGAGAGAAGUCUAUCAUGUCUUUGCUGUCAAUAGUAGCUGCUAUCUAGCGUCAGUGUGCCUCAGACAAGCAAGAAACAAGUGCAAGUUGACCUCUGGCAAGCAUGGAGCACUCAUCACCAGAAUUCACAGAGCAAAACAAUGCCAUUGGCUACCUGAAAGCAGGCGACAUAUUUACUCCCCUGACAAACUUUACUUUCAAGUUCGUUUGCAGAGUUUCGUCACCUUUUGAAAGUGAUGACAACACAGAUUACAGUGGCUUCAUUGUGGAGGUGAAGGCCUCUGGAACAGACGACAAGGGGGUUUGUUUUCUUCCCUGGCAUAAAACCCACCAAAAAGGCUUUAACAUUGCUAAAGAGUUGGGCAGUGCUGUUCCCGAGAAAUUGUUAAUGUCUAAGCUUAAAAGCAGUCAGCUCACUGACAUCUUCUGGAACAAGCUUGUGGACUUCGAAAAUGACCCUGACUAUUCUCGAAGAAUCAGAAAAGCAAUUGUUGCACUAGGAAGGCAGCCUGAUAGUGAGAUUAUUGUUCUCAGUCCUUAUGUCCAUGUGAAAGAGGACGGUGAGAUCAUACCACUUCGAGAAUGCACUUACGUAUGGGUCGAGAGUGUAAUCAAGAAAGAAGGAGUAGUUCCAAGCGGGGUACAGUUUUACAAGACACUCCCUACCAUCCCUACUCCUGAUAGGCCAUUGGAUGUACUGUUAGGUGGCCUGCGUGAGCUGACUCAGAGCAAUUUCUACUCUGCUGUCUUUGUGUUAGGCUCUGUGGCUUCCUCGUUGUUUUAUGAGAAGCUACAAGCAACUUACGGGAGUUUUGGUGUCACAAUGGUUGUGGGAGAAGUAAACCGUGGUAAAACCAAGAGUGUGGAGCUCUGUCUAGCUGCACUAGGAGUCAGACAUGUUCGUUUCUCUUCCAUCAGUGAUGCUCUCUUACGGAAGUUGCUUCAUGGUGGUAUGCCGUGGUGUUUUGACGACCCUGACACGGCAGAGCAAGUUAUGAAGAUCCUGCUGACAGUCUUCGGUGGUAAUACAACUGGUAAUGCACUGUCAAGUGGCUCUUGUCGUGUGUCUCCUCUAGUAACAGCCAAUGUGCACAUUUUGGAUGCUCUAGCUUCAAUGGACAAGAGGGUGGUAUGCAGAGGAAGAAUUGUAAUGUUUCCUCAUCACCUUGAGUACAAUCUCCAGUCGACAGAGGCAAUAAAUGAGAUUUUCUCAUUGGCACCAGCAGCCGGACCAGCCGUUGUGAGGAUUGGGUACAAUGUGGCUUGUAUGCAGCCCACAAAGCUCAAGAAUAUUCAAGCACACAUUAAGGAGAUGUUACCCAACCUUGACUCCAGAGCAGUGAUUGAAUACAGUCUUCUUCUGGCUUCUGCUCUGGAGAUAUCCGGGAUGAGUGACAUAGUUGAUGGAGAUAGUCUGAUUUCUUGGUUUGACGAUAUACUUGUGCCGGGAAUAAAGAAAUUUCAGAGUUCAGUCAUCAGUAACCUUGGAAAUUACUUGGUGGCAUAUGCCAGAGCUUCUUCCAUUUCUGAGAUUCUGAGAGUGAUCAACCCCAAAUGCUCUUAUUUUAUUGGUGACGAACGAAGAAAGCAAAUUGGAGUUGCCGUACUACUCAAGCAAUUCUUGAAAGGCUUAGACCUUAAGGAAAUACCGCACGAAGAGGAAAGUGGGAUUAGGAAAAAGCUUAGGAGACGUGCGAAUGUGAAGACAACUGCCACCCAGUAUUUUCUGGCCGAGAAGAAUGAAGGAACAAAAAUCACAUGA